CGCCUUCCACCCCAACUGGCCCGAAUAAACUGAGUCCCCUGGCCGUGACUGUGUGAUCCCGGGAAGUAGACUCCUCUCACAAAUUGAUUUGGGCGUAAAGACGAGCUGACAAGACCUGGAAAGAUGGCUGUUACGGGCUGUACGAAAUGCAUUAAAUAUAUGUUAUUCUUCUUUAAUUUUAUUUUCUGGCUGGCCGGAGGUGUGAUCUUAGGAGUGGCUCUGUGGCUACGCCAUGACAGUCAAACCAGCAAUCUUCUCAUUCUUCAGUUUGAAGAUCACCAGGCACCGGGCACCUUCUAUAUCAGUGUGUACAUACUGAUAGCUGUGGGAGCUGUUAUGAUGCUUGUGGGCUUCCUUGGAUGUUAUGGUGCCAUUCAGGAAUCGCAGUGCCUGCUGGGCACAUUCUUCUUCUUUUUGGUGAUCCUGUUUGCCUGUGAAGUGGCUGCAGCAAUCUGGGGUUUCAUGAACAGGGACACUAUCUCCAAAGAGCUGAUCAAUUUCUACGACUCUGCAUACAUCAAGGCUGUGGAUGUGUCUGGAUCUCCCAGUAAGGACAGUGCCAUUAAGGUGUUGGAAGUUUUCCACAAAACGCUCGACUGCUGUGGUAAAGGAGAUGACACGCUUCUCUUUAAACAAGUGGCAGGCACCUUGUGCCCUACAAAGUCUGAAGAAGAUUUGCGGUUGAGACCUCAGAGCUGUCAUUCCAAACUGAUCGAGCUGUUCUCUGAGAAGCUCUACCUCAUUGGUCUGGCUGCCUUGGUCGUUGCUGUCAUCAUGAUCUUUGAGAUGAUCUUCACCAUGGUGCUCUGUUGUGGGAUCCGUAACAGCCCUGGAGUAUACUAGCAGUCCAACAGACAGCAGCAGCAGCCACAAUGUCCUCUACUGGAAUUAUUUUAUUGUGUUUCUAUGCAGUGGCUCUGCUUCUUCAUGAUUAUACAGAGAUGGAUAUUUCUGAAAUUAUUUUAGUUUUUAGAAAAUAAAGGCUAUUUUUAAGAUCAAUCUUUACUAAUUUUAGACAGUAUUGUAGCUUCUAGCAGUGUGAUUUUCCUUAUUUAUCAUACAAAACUUCUUCUCAUGGCUCUUUUAUACAUACAGUUUGUUGUGAAAUAUUUCUCUGUCAGUCAUUAAUUCUCUUUUUAUGGAUGUAUAAAUUGUACAUAUGCUUCUCAUAUAUUAAUAACAUAGGAGUCAGUGUAUUCCCUGAUUGAUUGGCGCAUCUUGCUUCAGUGUGAUAGUAAUUUAAGUUGCAGGGUUUCAGUAGUCAAAGGAAAUAUUCUGUUUUGAUCUAAUAACAAAAAUAAUCAUUGAGUAUGUUUUCAGUCCUCUGUGUGUUUCUUUUUUAUUGCAUUUUCAUGCUAUCUUACCUGAACUUGUUGAACACCCUUCCUUAAAAAAAGGGCAAAACUUUGAUGCCUUCUCUCAUAACCUGUUAAAAAAAAAAAUUGAAUAAAUUAUGCCACCUCUCUUGUA